UUAAAGCUAUUUUCUUCAGUCCUUGAUUAUAUAUCCUUGAUCAUUAAUUCUCUAUCCCGUUGCUUUGUGUUGGCUUAUUGCAGGGGCCAGGGAGGAUAUGAUUUUCGGCAAUAUGUUGAAGAAGAAGGAACCUGUUCCGUCCAGAGGUGCAGUGAAUGUUCAGGAGUAGAUCGAAUUUCAAUGCUCGGGAGAAGACGCCGAGGUUGACGAAUGGUCGUCGCUCGUGCUGUCAGAGGUUGGUGUCGCCCAGGAGCUGAUUCCGUCGCAGGUCCCGAUGUCGCUGCCUGAGAAGAUGAUGGAGCUGUCGUGCCGGAGGUCGGAAGCCGAUGCGAUCCCCCUGCUGCAGGCUUUUCUUUACCAAUGCUUAUGUUCGCCGAUGAGGAGCACGAUCGAUUGCUAGGCUGCUGCUCCCCCUUGCAUGAAGAUGACCACAGAAAAGAGAUUGAGGAGCCCUUCCAACAAGAUGAUACAUUAUAAAGAAAUUAAGCGUGGAAGCAAAAAAGUAUCUCUUUGUGUCAACGAUCAAGAAGAACGACGAUGAGAUCCUUUCGGAGAUGUAUAAGUCAUUUGCUCGCGAGCUUUGGGGUGCAAUUGUCGUCUUGUACCAAUAUACAGACUAAACUCGUGAGUGCGGGUAUCAAACUCAAACUAUGCGGACUUUAGUAUCUGAUUUUAUUCAUAGGUCUUCUUUUGAGAUUCCCCCUUCUUUGCGUAGACGGAUCCUUAGUGAAAACGCCCCUUUGAAAAAGACCUUAUCAUUUGGUGGCGAGUUAAGAUUCAUCAUAGGUUAAUUGAACUAGGUUGAGGACAUUUUGAGUCCGAGUAAAAGCAUUCUGGAGGAGGGGCUUAUUUGUGAUGUCGUUUAUGCCUCAUUGUUCACGUAUGACAUGUGUACUAAUGUUGUAGAAGCAUAUUGCGAGACAUUGUGUUUCAUGGUAAAUACUUUGCCCACGUCCAUUGGUGAGUUGGCGAUCGCAUAUUGGGACUUGCAUGUUAUUAUAGGAUUACCUAUCAUAUGAGACGCAUAUGAUAAAUCUAAUCCAAGCACUUCCGAGUUGUUAGAUGCGAGUGCUGACCGUCCACAUCAGUUGUGCAAAUACUUAUUUCACGCAUAUCAUCAUCUUUUUUCGAAAACAAGAGAUAAACGAGUUUUGUGUGUUAAUGCUUGGGUCAAAUUCUUGUUCAAGAAGGUCUUCAAGUAUAUCAUGCCUCCAUUGAGAACAACAAAGAAAAGAUCAUCUCGUGCUAAGGCAACUCAUAAUCCGAGCGGAGUUAUUCCAAAAUUUGGAGGAUGGUCAAAUUCAAUGAAGGUACUGUUCUAUGUACUCAAGAUUUCUGCUGAAUAUGAGGAAGAGGUUUACUUAGAGACAUUUCUAUCAUGUUGGCUCUGUGCGUUUGUAUUGCCACAUGAAGGUUCCAGAGUCAUCUGUCCAGAAAUACUCAAAGUUACUUGUAUGAUGGCUAGAGGUAAACGGAUAUGCCUUGCAGUCUCGAUUCUUGUAAGUAUUUACCAUGAGUUUAAUCGGACUUUAAAUGCUCCAACUAGUGGUCAAGUUAGAACGUGCUUUCCUACUCACUAUUCCAUGAGAAGCAGAGAAUUAUGAUGCCAACCAUCCAUAGACAUAGUGAAAAAGAAAGCAUGUUCUAACUUGAUCAGAUGUUGGAGCAUUUGAGAUCUCAUUAAGCUCAUGAUAAAUAUUGGGUCUGCAAGGCAUACCUGUUUCCUUCAAGCCAUCAUACAAGCAACUUUGAAUUUUACCGGGCGGAUAACUCUGUGACCUUCAUGUAGCAAUAUAAAUGCAAAAAACAAACAUGAUAGAAAUGAUGCUAAGUACAUGGAACAAUAACCUCAUAAAAUUUGACCAUUCUCCAAAUUUUGGAAUAGCUCUGCUCAGAUUAUGGGUUGCCUUAACACGAGAUGAUCUUUUCUAUUUUGUUCUCAAUGGAGGCACGGUAUACUUGGAGGCCUUCUUGAACCAGAAUUUGACCCACGCAUGAACACGCAAAAUACGUUUAUCUUCUGUUUUCAGGAAAAGGAUAAUGAUAUGCAUGAAAUAAGUAUUUGCAUAGCUGAAGUGAACAGUGAGCGCUCGCAUCUAACAACUCGAAAGUGUUUGGAAUAGAUCCAUCAUAUGCGUGUCGUAUGAUAGGUAAUCCUUCGAUAACAUUCAAGUCUCAAAGUGUGAUCGUCAACUCACCAAUGGACGUGAGUAAAGUAUUUACCAUGGGACACCAUACCUCACUAAAUGUUUGUACAACAUUAGUACACCGAUCAUACAUGAAAGAUGGGGCAUAAACAACAUCAUAAAUUAGCCCCUCCUCGAGAAUGCUUUUACCUAGACUCAAAAUGUCCUCGGCCCAGUCCAAUAACCUGUGAUGAAUCUAAACUCGUCACCAAAUGAUAAGGUAUUUGUCAGUGGGAUGUUUUCAUCAUGGAUCCGUCUACCCAAACAAGGGAGAAUCUCAGAAGAAAGCCUAUGAAAAAAAGUCAGAUGCUAAAGUCCGCAUAGUUUGAGCUUGAUACUCGCACUCAAGAGUCCAGUCUGUAACUCGGCACGACACGAAAGUUUCAUCCCAAAGCUCGCGAGCGAGUGGAUUAUGCAUCUUCAAAAGAAUCUCAUCGUCAUUCUUCUUGCUUGUUGAUACAGAGAGAUAUUUUUUGCUUCAAUGCUUAACGUCUCUAAAAUAUAUUAUCUUGUAUUGCAAGAAAUAAAAAAUGUCAUUAUUAUUACUAAAAAGGCAUAGUAAAAUAAUGAUGAUGAUGAUAUAUAACAACUCGGUGAUGGUAAUUUGUCAAAACACUUCGGUCCAUUUUGAGAAGUUAUCAGUAGCGGCUAGUAUAUAUGAGUGUCCUCCUGAUGAAUAUGCGUGUUAUUAGCGGCCCGGGCCUUUGAAUUUUGAACUCAAAUUUGUGGACAUAAUUUACACUUCAUAGAGAAUAUGCUUAUAUAUUAUUAAAUUUUCAUCAAAAAAAUUCUAUUUGGCUUACUCACAAAAUUCUACCCAAAAAAUUAUUAGUUCAGGGCUAACAAAUAAGCCUACUCACACCUAUUAUAAAGAACGAAACAUGAGCCUUUUUUUAAAAAUUUGUUGGGCCUAGGGCCCCGUCCCCUUCCCCCAAGGCCGCCCUUAUUUAUUGUUGUUGUUGUUGUUGUUGUUGUUGUUUUUGCUGGUGCAGCGUAAUUCUUUCAAAACAUGUUUUAUUUGAUAUAGACAUUUUUAAAUUGAAAUAAUCGAAAUAUAUAACCAAAAUAAAAGUAG